AUUUCGUGUUUGGUGUUGGUGCAAAUAAUAUCUUAUGUUGUCUUCUAAGAUAAGUCUUAUCAGUAUUUUCGUUAUAAGACAGGCAAAAAGUUCAUUUAAAGCCUUAGUAAUUUACAUGCUCGUUCAUGAGCCAUGCCUGGGUCAAUGCUAUUAAACAGAUGAUGACGAACACAAUGACGGUUAUGAUUGAGCAAGUAUCACGUAUCUGAACGCGCGUGGUAAUGGAAGGGAGUCUACUAGAAUUACCCGUAACCGGCUGACUGUGCCUCACAACACACAGUGUUGAAUAGGCUCCAGUCGAAGCAGGUUUUGCAUUCUACUAACAGCUUUAUCUUUGCAAUUCGUUUCUGAUUGUAUCUAUACUGCAUUGUGCGCGUUUCAAUCAGUCUGACAGACAACAAUUAGUGCAAAAAAAAAUAUGGGAAAAUUACAGAUUGCAGAUGUGGAUAAUGAGCACAGAAAAUUUCCGGAUUUAAAACGAGAGGAUGUACAAAAGAUUCGUGAAUGGAUGGAAAAGCAACCCCAUCUCCCAAAAAUUAGUGAUUUGGAAAUAAUACUCUUUCUGCAUUCAAAUUACCACCGUAUUGAGCCAACAAAAAAUACGAUCGAUGCAUUUUACACGUGUCGCACUCACGUUCCAGAAUUUUUCUCUGAUCGGGACAUGCUCUCUAAUGAGUUAAAGACUCUGAUGAAUUUGAUAGUUAUAGUUCCUUUAACAAUUCCAACUCAGGACAAGUAUGAUGUGAUAUACGGUAAAGUAAUCAAUAGUGACACAACACAAUUUUCGUUUGAGUCUGCUUUGAAAUACCUAACGAUGAUCGCAGAUGUAGUUCAAAGAGAAAGUGGUGCAGUACAUGGAUAUACUUUUGUACUGGACAUGGAGGGUGUAACAAUGGGUCAUGUUACAAAGUUGUCGAUUGGAACUGUUAAAAAAUUCCUACACUUUUUGCAAGAGGCCAUGCCGGUGCGCUUAAAAGGGAUCCACAUGACAAAUGUUGUUCCUUUCAUUGAUAAGAUUCUUUUGUUAAUAAAACCUUUUAUGAAAAAAGAACUGCUAGCCAUACUGCAUUUACACAGCACGGCAGAAACUUUGUAUCCUUUUGUACAUCAGGAAUGUCUUAUCAACGAAUUGGGUGGUAAAGCAGGUCAGCUGAUGGAGCUGCGAGAAAAAUUUAAUCUGCAUAUGACUGAAAAUCGAGAUUUUUUGUUGGAAGAAGAGAAAAAGAAGGCAGUGGAAGACAAACGGCCUGGUAAACCGAAAGAUUCCGGAACUAUUUUUGGAAUGGAAGGAAACUUCAAAAAAUUGGAUAUUGAUACAGUAGCGUCUACAAUUAAAUUGGAGAUCGUGCUGUUUUUGCAUUCAAAUUACUUCAAAAUGGAAGCUUCGAAACAAACAAUUGAGAACUACUACACUUGCAGAACUCACGUUCCGAUGUUUUUUGCAAACCGUGAUGUUGUCAGUGAGGGGACGAAAAAAGCUAUGAAUACCAUAUUUGGCUUAACCCUACCGAAACAAACUCAUGAUGGAUGUGUUUUGAUCUAUGGUAGCUUGAAAGAUUUUGAUCCAACUAAUUUCGAUAUGGCUGAAAUUUUCAAGCUCAUCAUUUUCGUGACCGAUUUGCAUUUCUUGGAGAAUGGAUCUUCCGCUGGAUAUAGAAUCAUUAUUGAUAUGAAAGGAGUACUUUUCGGACACGUAGCAAGAUUGGGAGUUUUGCCGAUCAAACAUUUCCUGUAUUAUUUACAAGAUGCGAUGCCGAUACGUUUGAAGGGACUACAUUUCACAAAUAUCGUACCUUUCAUGGAUACUAUACUUGCUCUAUUGAAACCGUUCAUGAAGAAGGAAUUGCUUGAUGUUCUUUUUCUACAUACUUCUAACGAACAAAUGCAUCAAUAUAUUGGGAAAGAUUGUCUACCGAAGGAUUGUGGCGGAGAAUGUGAUAGCCGUGAUAUUUUAACAGAUCGCUCUUACAAACACCUUAUCGAAGUCAGGGAUUAUUUUCUGGAUGAGGAGAAAACUCGUCGGGUAGAUGAAGCAAAGCGUCCAGGCAAACCAAAAACAACUCGAGAGAUAUUUGGAGUUGAAGGUAAUUUUCGCAAACUUGAUAUUGACUAGUCGGAUUGACAUUCAGAAUGUAAACUGACAUAUUUCCGUGUAAAAUCAAUCGACUUUUGAACUUCUGGAAGCAUUUGAUAAAUUUAAGUUCGACAUGUUUUGUUGACUAGAUCACGUCAUCUAGUCAGUUAUAUAUGGGAUUUACACGACUAUAUUUAUUAAAACCAUGAACCAAAAUAAAAGUAGUGAUAGUUGUUGUCUUGAAUAGGUCAACCAGUUC